AAACGUUUCGUUAGACCGGAAGUGGUACUUUUUAAACGGAGCUAGUUCUGGUUAGCUUCACGCGUACGCGGAGGAGUCGGGUACAAAGGGGCCGUUUGUGUUUCCUGUGAAAGACACUUAAAAACGUCUCAGCUUUUAAAACUGUUGGUAAAAGAAAGGUUAAACAACAACAACCUGUCAACGGUCGAACCGUUGUCCAACCGUCUAGCCGUUACAGAACGUAAACCGGGGAGGAUAUUUUUGUGGAGCUAACAUGUCUGGAGAAAAGAGUGGCGGCGGAUGGAGGAAAACUAUAUGGAAUUCAGAGAAGAGAGAGUUUUUAGGGCGAACAGGGAGCAGUUGGCUUAAAAUAUCCGUCUUCUAUGUGAUUUUCUUCGCAGUCCUUUUUGGGCUUUACGUCGGGACCAUGCUAGUUUUUGAGAAGACUUUAAGUCUGUACAAACCCAAAUACCAGGACAGAAUUCUUCCCUCAGGUCUGUCAUUCUCACCCCACGCCAGCAACUUUGACAUCAUUUUCAAGAUUGGAGACCCGUCUUCAUAUGAGAAGUACGUCAAGACCUUGCAGAAGUUUAUUGAGCAAUAUAAUGAUGAGAAACAGAUCGACGACAUGAAAUAUGAGGAUUGUGGAACCACCCCGAAGUUAUACACUGAACGCGGGACACUCGAAAGUAAUACAGGACAGAGGAAAAGUUGCCGCUUCAGCAGAAGGGAGCUUCAAGCCUGCUCCGGGGAAAACGACACCACCUUUGGCUUUAAGGAGGGAAAGCCGUGUCUCAUUGUCAAGCUCAACAGGGUUAUCAAUUUUAGACCAAAACCUCCUACCAGCAGCGCUUUGCUUCCAGACGAUCUGGAUGGCAAAACCUUUUAUAACUUCCUCCCCAUUCACUGCACAAAUAGGUGGCCGGAAGACGACGGCAAGGUCGGAGAGAUCAAGUACUUUGGCUUCGCGGGCAACCCCGGUUUCCCUCUCCAGUACUACCCCUACUACGGCAAAAGGCUGCAGCCCAAUUACCUGCAGCCUCUGGUGGGCGUCAAGUUCACCAACGUCACCAAGAACAAGGAGAUCCGCCUCAAGUGCAGAGUGUACGGGGAGGGCUACAAUGAGGGCACCCGUGAUGGACUGUUUUACUUGCACUUAACUGUGAAACAGUGACCUCAGACACGAUGACGGCAAAAUAAUAAAAAAAAAAUAACGUAGAAAGAUAUUCAAGAGUUCAGAUACCGUCUUUGAGUUUGUUUCUGUCCAGAGUUAAAAUAGAAUGUAAAAUACACAAUAGCAAAUAUUCUUUCGACUGUCAAUGGGCGAUUGUGGCGGGGGAGGGGAGUUAGGAGGUAAUUGGGAUGUUUAUCGAUUAUUUUAAAUCUGCAGUUUUACUACUCAUGUACAACGAGUAGUCUUUGUUUCAUCCUUACUGGUUUCUAUACAUUUUGAAAGAUCCAGAGUUUGUAGGUCAGCCUUGUCAUGAUAUUCUGUUUCAUGUCUGCUAUCGGAGUCCAAGGUGUUCCUGCAGGUGUUUGUUUAUGUGAGUUGACAGUGUUUGUCAUUGUGUUCAGACUAAAUUGAAAUAGUAGCUUGGUUCUAAGAUGUUAAGCUGAUUGAGCUAUAUGUUGUUUUUAUGGAUUUUCUUAUUCAAGUUCACUGUAGAAGAAUAUUUUGUUCACGUUUUGUUCAUCUUCAUAAUUAAAUAGGUUUUAGAUGACAUUUCAAUGUUCAAUACAAUGUUUGUCUUAUUGAUUGCAGCACUUAGAUUUUUAUAAAUGUAAAGUGCAUUAUAAAUUAAAUUUAUUGUUGACACUA